GCCCGGGCUGUCGCUGGGCUCGGCGGUUCCGUGCGAUUGGUCGGGGCCUACAUGAGCUUUCGAGCUGGUGAGGCGGCCGCGGAACGUAACCGAGCGGGUCCUGUCCGCAGCCUCCCCGCGACGCCCUCGACUCCAGAGGCGGCGGCGGCGGCCUUGCGGCGCCGGGGGCAGCGGAGACCCGCGUCGAGGCGGCGGCCUCUGCAGGCUGUGUUUUCCUAGAGUUGUGUAAAUAGACCAUCCUGGAGUCCACCAUGAAUGGACAGUUGGACCUAAGUGGAAAGCUAAUUAUCAAAGCUCAACUUGGGGAAGAUAUUCGUCGAAUUCCCAUUCAUAAUGAAGAUAUUACUUAUGAUGAAUUAGUGCUAAUGAUGCAAAGAGUUUUCAGAGGAAAACUUCUCAGUAAUGAUGAAGUUACAAUAAAGUAUAAAGAUGAAGAUGGAGAUCUUAUAACAAUUUUUGAUAGUUCUGACCUUUCCUUUGCAAUUCAAUGUAGUAGGAUACUGAAACUGACAUUAUUUGUUAAUGGCCAACCAAGACCCCUUGAAUCAAGUCAGGUAAAAUAUCUGCGUCGAGAGCUGAUUGAACUUCGAAAUAAAGUAAAUCGCUUGUUGGAUAGCUUGGAGCCACCUGGAGAACCAGGACCUUCUACCAGUAUUCCUGAUAAUGAUGCUGUGGAUGGUAGGGAAGAAAAGUCUGCGACUUCUGAUUCUUCUGGAAAGCAGUCUACUCAAGUUAUGGCAGCAAGUAUGUCAGCUUUUGAUCCUUUGAAAAACCAAGAUGAAAUCAACAAAAAUGUCAUGUCAGCAUUUGGUUUAACGGAUGAUCAGGUUUCAGGACCACCCAGUGCUCCUACAGAAGACCGUUCAGGAACACCUGACAGCAUUGCUUCCUCCUCCUCAGCGGCGCACCCAUCAGGAGUUCAGCCUCAACAGCCUCCAUACACAACAGCUCAGGCACAAGCAGGUCAGACUGAAGGUCAGAUGUACCAACAGUACCAGCAACAAGCUGGCUAUGGUGCACAGCAGCCCCAGGCGCCACCUCAGCCACCUCAGCAAUAUAGUAUUCAGUAUUCAGCUAGUUAUAGUCAGCAGACUGGACCUCAACAACCUCAGCAGUUCCAAGGAUAUGGCCAACAACCAGCUUCUCAGGCACCGGCACCUGCCUUUUCUGGUCAGCCACAACUGUCUGCCCAAGCACCACAGCAGUACCAUGCGAGCAGUUAUCCUCUACAAACUUACACUACCCAAACGUCUCAGCCUACUAACUAUACAGUGGCCCCUGCUUCUCAGCCUGGAAUGGCUCCAAGUCAACCAGGGGCUUAUCAACCAAGGCCAGGUUUUACUACACCUCCUGGGAGUACCAUGACCCCUCCUCCAAGUGGGCCUAACCCUUAUGCCCGUAAUCGUCCCCCCUUUAGUCAGGGCUAUACCCAGCCUGGACCUGGUUAUCGAUAAGAAGGUUCAGCUACACUGAUGAAUAUGGCUGAUAGCUAAAUGCCUCCCAAAAGACUCCAAUACCAUUUUAUUUUAAUUUGUAUUGAAGUUCACAAAAUUAAAAAGCAGAGCAUUUUUAUGAUAUCAUUGUUGCUGUUAAUUGAAAAUAUAAUUUGCUAGAACAUGAUGAAAGACCAAAAUGAAAAUUGUUUCCGUCCCCGCUUAAAAAUAUAGCAACUUCCUAGUUAUUUUUGGAACACUAUUCUUCAAUGUGUGUGAAGUGAUUGGCUUUCUAGCUUCUGUGUCCAGAGAAUAUUAAAAUGCUAGGUUGAGGUUUAUCAUCUUACUUGGCUUUUUACUAAUAACGUGAUGUACUAAAGUAGAGUUUUCUGAGAAGAUGACUAGACAUUAUGUAUAAAAUGUAACAUUGAUAGGCUAAUAAAGGUGAUUGAAUCCAUUA